GUCUACAUUACAAGAAACGGGCAAAGCUUCCACCGAAUCAAUCACUUCAUUCAUGCCUUGCCUACCCCGUUUCUUCAAUUCAUUCAUCCAUAACAAGUAAAAAUUUCCUCUCCUCUCUCUCUUCGAUCCUCUACUCCACUUUGAUUUCUAUGUUCGCCUGACUUCAUCUUCGCUGCCUGCCUGUUGUUGCUGUUGUUGAUCGACUCCUCCGUUUCCCCCCUUUUUUUCUCGGCGGUUCUCGCCGGCCGGCGGGAUUGUACGUGCGUAUGAAUAAGAGUGAGAGCCUCAUGUCGCCGAGCAAUUCCUCCUCCAGCAAUGGCAACACGAGUGUAUCUCCGGCAGAGAAUGGCUUCUUGGAUUCCUUCUCUUUAUUGGACUCUGAAAAGGCAGUUCAAGAAAUCAUUCAACAGCCGCCACUCCAUGGAAUUGACGAUCAUCUGAUCGAAUUUUCUGAAGCUUUGAGAACUGUUGCAAAGGCCUUAAGAAGGGUGACUGAAGGUAAGGCUUCUGCUCAAGCUGAGGCUGCUGAGUGGAAGCGAAAAUAUGAACUGGAGAAGGAGCGAAAUUUGCGAAUGGAGAAAGUUCUGUCCUUGGGAGAACAUUUCAGUGAGUUAAGUGUUGACGGAGCUGGAAGUUUGGAAGACCAAAGAGCAUUUUCGGAUGACAAUAGUGACCAGUGCGACCUGUGCAGUGGAAAAGAUGACAUCUGUGCUCAUGAGGUUCUUCGUGAUGGGGAACCUGAUAUGGACAGCUUUCCCUCCACCAACAAGUUUACAAGGAAGGCAUCAUUUAAGCUGUCGUGGUGCUGCAAAGGUGAAAAAAGUGAUCGCUACAAGCAUGAUGUGGUGUCUUUUGAAAAGGGUAAUAUUACAACCGCAGAGCGCAGCAGCAAACAGAUUUCCUUGAAGUGGGAAUCACCUCCUCAGACUGUUCUUAUUCUAACCAAGCCAAAUUCUAUUUCUGUCCGAAUUCUAUGCUCCGAAAUGGUCAGAUGGCUGAAAGAGCAGAAAAAACUGAAUAUAUUUGUUGAGCCACGAGUGAAGUCCGAGCUCACGACAGAAUCAUCUUACUAUAGCUUUGUCCAAACCUGGCAAGAUGACAAGGAUGUACUAAUGCUGCACACCAAGGUUGACCUUAUCGUAACUCUCGGCGGAGAUGGAACUGUCCUUUGGACUGCAUCUAUGUUUAAAGGUCCAGUUCCACCCAUCGUCCCGUUCUCUCUCGGUUCUCUUGGAUUCAUGACCCCUUUUCACAGUGAACAUUAUCGUGAUUACCUGAAUUCAAUCCUUCGAGGUCCCAUGAGCAUCACAUUAAGGCAUCGGUUGCAGUGUCACAUCAUCAGGGAUGAAGCGAAAAGUGAGUAUGAGAACGAGGGCCCCAUUCUUGUCCUGAAUGAGGUAACAAUUGACCGUGGGAUCUCAUCGUUCCUGACGAAUCUCGAAUGCUACUCCGACGACUCCUUUGUCACCUGCGUGCAAGGCGAUGGUCUUAUACUGUCGACAACAUCUGGUAGCACCGCAUAUUCUCUUGCUGCCGGAGGCUCAAUGGUCCAUCCACAGGUUCCGGGAAUUCUGUUCACGCCGAUAUGCCCGCACUCGCUAUCAUUCCGGCCACUGAUACUGCCAGAGCACGUAACGCUGAGAGUGGUGGUGCCGUUCAACAGCCGAAGCCAUGCGUGGGUGUCCUUCGAUGGGAAGGGGCGGAAGCAGCUGGGGUCGGGAGACGCGCUGGUGUGCAGCAUGGCGCCGUGGCCUGUUCCGACGGCGUGCCAAGUGGACUCGACGGGCGACUUCCUGCGCAGCAUCCAGGACGUUCUCCAUUGGAACCUCCGGAAGACUCAGUCGUCCGACGGCCCGCGCGACUCCUAGCAACUAGUAACUCUUUUAACAACUCUCUUAACUCUAACUCAUAUUUAUUAUUAGUAAUUUUAAUUUAUACACAGAGAGAGAGAGAAGAUAAAAGGAGUGGAAUUUGUUUGAUGGUGUUGUAUUAUUGUGAUGUUUGCUUGUUAUGCAUAUUAAUAUUAAUAUCAAUAUCAAUAUCAAUUAUCAAUAAUUAUUGAAUAUGACUGUGAUUAUAA